AUGGUGGGUCGCGCGACGCUCCUGCUCGUGCUCGGGCUCCUGGGCCUCUCUCACAUCGGGCCAGCGCUCGCAGAGGUCUACUUCGAGGAGAAGUUCGACGCCACGUGGCAGCAGCGAUGGAAGACGUCUAGCUGGAAGCAGAGCUCCGGCGAGGCCGGCGAGUGGGCCCUGUCCCACGGCAGCUGGUACGGCGACAAGGAGGCGGACCUGGGCAUUUCGACGUCGCAGGACGCGCGGUUCUACACGCUGUACAGCAAGAUGCCCAAGCCCUUCACGAACAAGGGCAAGGACCUCGUGCUGCAGUUUUCGGUCAAGCACGAGCAGGACAUCGACUGCGGCGGCGGGUACAUCAAGCUGCUCCCGUCCUCCGUGACCGAGAGCGAGAUGAAGGACUUCUCCGGCGACACCACGUACAGCAUCAUGUUCGGCCCGGACAUCUGCGGCCUCUCCACGCGCCGCGUGCACACGAUCUUCGGCCACCGCGGCGAGAACAAGCUGAUCAAGCGCGAGGUCUCGCCCGUUGUCGACACCCUGACGCACGUGUACACGCUGAUCGUGCGCCCGGACAACACGUACUCGAUCCUCAUCGACAACGAGGAGAAGCAGACCGGCGCGCUCGAGGACGACUGGGCGUUCCUGGAGCCCAAGGAGAUCGAAGAUGCUUCCGCGACCAAGCCGGACGACUGGGACGAGCGCGCGAUGAUCGAGGACCCCGAGGACAAGAAGCCCGACGGCUGGGACGACAUCCCGAAGGAGAUCCCCGACGAGUCGGCCGAGAAGCCCGAGGACUGGGACGACGACGAGGACGGGGAGUGGGAGGCGCCCAUGGUGCCCAACCCAGAGUACAAGGGGGAGUGGAAGCCCAAGAUGAUCAGCAACCCGAACUUCAAGGGCGUGUGGACGCGCCCGAAGAUCCCCAACCCCAAGUACAAGCCGGACGACAAGCUGUACGAGCUGCCCGAGCUCGGGUGGGUCGGGUUCGAGCUUUGGCAGGUCAAGGCUGGGUCGAUCUUCGACAACAUCCUGGUCACGGACGACGCGGCGUACGCGAAGAAGUUCGCGGACGAGACGUUCCUGGCCUCGGGCGCCGCGGCGGAGAAGGAGAUGAAGGAGAAGGCGGGCAGCGGGCCGGUUGGGGUUGACGCGACGACGGCAGCGGACGAGGAGGAGGAGUCGGACGACGACGGCGAGGAGGAGCACGACGAGCUGUAA